AUGACAUUGGCAAGAAUAUCUGAGACUUGCUAUAAGAUUACCAAAUCGUACCUUAACUUGACGAAUAGGACAAGCAUCAUUACUGAAACACAAAAUGCUAUUAAUUUGACUAGACACAUUCUGAUAAAUGAUGUAUUCACCCGAUGGAGUCCAUUAAAUGGAGAAAUUUCUUUUUCUUAUAAUGGUGGUAAAGAUUGUCAGGUGUUAUUAUUGUUGUAUCUAAGUUGUUUGUGGGAGUUUUUCGUUGUAAAAGCUAACGAGUCACAAUUCGAUUUCAAAUACCAUCGUUUCCCCAUGACGCAGUUACCAACAGUUUUUAUUAAUUCAGAGGAGACAUGGCCAACAUUGGAGAAUUUUAUGAAUUAUACGCAGAAGAGGUAUCAUCUAUCGCUAUACGAAUCAAUGAAAGAUGAUGAUAGAUAUAAUAAGAGUAUGUCGAUGUCAGAUGCGUUCCAAGAUUUCCUGUACAAAAAUCCAGUCACUAAGGCCAUAGUAAUUGGAAUAAGACACACUGAUCCAUUUGGCGAGCAUUUAAAAUCUAUUCAAAAGACGGACUCUAAUUGGCCUGAUUUCAUUAGAUUACAACCUUUAUUGCAUUGGAAGCUAGGAAAUAUAUGGAGUUUCCUGCUAUUUUCGAAUGAACCAAUCUGUGGACUUUACAAUUAUGGAUUUACUUCUAUUGGUAACGUUCAUGAAACGAAACCGAAUCCAUUUUUGAAGAUUGAAAAUAGCUCAAAUGACAUCGAGCUUCCAUUCUCACGGGAAAUUUCCAAUUCUUUCAAUCCAGAAAUGAGAAAUGAUAACAACAUCGUCAACUUUUCUGAGAUUGAUGGUACUGACAAGGAAUGGCUGCUUCAGUAUUCUGGGAAUUAUUUACCGGGAUGGUAUUUAACGGAUGAUUCAUUAGAAAGGGCAGGUAGAUUUAAAAAGCCCAAGGCUUAG